ACUCAAAGCAAGUGUCUGGCACAAGCGAUUUUCAGACCUUGCAGGACUGCCUUGAUCUGCCCAUCAACUACCAUGCCUAUCGUCGACUCUGGAAGCGUUGGGGCGAUCUCCGCCGCGGAGAAGUCCCUCAUCGUCAGCGCCUGGGCCCCCGUGUACGCCAAGUACGAGGAAGCCGGCGUGGACAUCCUGGUGAAGUUUUUCGCCGCCAAUCCCGAGGCCCAGGCCUUCUUCCCCAAGUUCAAGGGGCUCGACUCGGCCGACAAGCUCAAGAAGUCUCCUGCCGUGCGCUGGCACGCCGAGAGGAUCAUCAACGCCGUCAACGACGCCGUGGUGGCCCUGGACGACCCCGCGAAGCAGAGCCUGCAGCUCAAGGCCCUGAGCCAGAAGCACGCCCACGAGUUAAACGUGGACCCCAAUUACUUCAAGGUUCUGGCUGGAGUCAUUUCCGACGCAGUUGCCAAGAGUGGCGAUGCGAAGGCUGCUGUUGAUAAGUUCCUGAGCCAGGUGGUGAUCCUGCUCAAGUCUGCCUAUUAAACCGCAGCGCAACCCAAGGCUCUGCACCUCCUUCCAACGACCUCCGCUUUCCUCCUCAACGAAGCUGAUAAAGAUGCAAACUGAUUAGCUUCUGCUAUCGCUGUACGCAAUGUUUUCCCGAUAUGUGAUAAAGAAACCGUGUUGUGCAUAAAACAUGGAAUAAAAACACUUUCCCUGCAAUUCA